CGCAGUGCUAGCCAAGAGACACGGAGUUUGGCAAUAUUUACGACCUGAUAAUCCCCGCGAUGCGCCUGCAUUAGACCCCUUUCCUUGGCCUGACUUGGACGAUUACGAUGUCCUCAAUCACUGGAACGGGCAGGCGAGUGAUCUGACAGCUUCCGGGAGAGCCGCCUACCAAUUCGACUUUCGACUUUGGGAAGAAUAUGAAGAAAAUGAACGGUAUUAUGAUGAAUACCAAGAUGGGAUACAUUUAUGAAGCUGUUCGAUCUGAUGCCGCCCCCUUCCUCCCCUACCGCAAGCAGCGCUCCCUCGAGAACUACGAACAGCACAGAAGACAUGUUCCGAAUAACCUCAUAGAGCUCGACGAGUGGCUUGACGAGUGGCAACGGCUGGUAUUUAAAUGCCACCAGGUGGAGGUGGGGGAGGUACGGGAGGCCUGCGUGUGGGUGAAGGAUUUCUUCGACUGCCUCCGGCCGAUUGCCGGAGUUUGGGCGGAUAUAACGGAGGAGCGCGUUGAUGUCAACACAGUGACCCCGGCCUUGCUAGUAGCGAAAGCGAAGAUAUACAUCCAAAACAGACGCAGCGCGCAGCAGCCGCGCGGCCGCCUUCCCGGUCCCAAUCUCGGCGAGGGCAUCGAGGAGGAGCCGGUCGCCGGAGGCCGAAGACGGGGUAGAAAAAGAGGAGGGCGCAGCAGCCGGAAGGCUAAGAAGGAUGCCAAUCCUGAUGGAAGGCAACCUGCCAACUGUACCCAAUCGAAGAGAAGGCUAUCCUACGACCGCACAGAAAAGUGCCGCGUGUGUUGCAGACCACGUCACGAUAUUGAAGACUGCUGGUACUUAUUUCCUAAGCAGGCUGUUCCAGGGUGGGCUCCUCGAGGCCCCAUGGGAAGGCUGAUCAAGCGGAUACUUCGGUCAGACACAGCAUUGAAGGCUGAUGUGGAGGAGAUAAGAGCCAGGAAGAAGCAGAGGGGCGGCGGUCUAUCUUGAGGAGAUUAUGCGAUAAUAAUCAAAAUCUAAUUAGUCAACGCCGAGAUCGCCACGUUGAACACCCGGCUGCGGCACGUGGUUUCGGGAGGCACGGCAGCAGGGGAUGAUUGAGGUCGAUUACGUUGCGAGCGCGGAAAUGGUGGCCGACGGAAUAACGAAGGCGUUAACGCGCGAGAUAUUCAUCCGCGUUCAGAGCCCAGGUACGUACUUCAAAAGAGCAUCAGCGGAAGGAAGCAUCUUCAUUUU